AAAGCUGCCUAACAACAUUUAUAUAUGUGUCUUUCCAUUCCCUUUCCCCGACAAAUUUACCCACAAGAACACACCAAACACGCUGAAGUAAAUUAUGGUUUUUGACAUGAGAUCCAGUGAACGGUCCAUCAGUGAAACCAAACUGCAGGUUCUUAACGUUAUUACUGUCUUUACCCCCAUGCCAGGUUGUAAAGGGAACGUCUGAACUGUGAAUUGAAGUGGGAAAAAUUCUGUUUUGUAUUGGAAUAAUGUAUACAGCUUGAAUUUCAGCCAUUAUCUGACUUCUCUGAAAGUACAUAGUGGCCUCACCAUCUGGAGAACAGCAGCCAAACUCCCAGACUCUUUCUGCUCGUCUGGACUGAUUCCCACAAAUAGCUUUGCUUUAUUAGUUCGUUUGGAUGAAUGCGAAAUGGAGGUGGCAUUUGUCUUCCUUUUGGCUGCCACAACUGCGUUUGGGUGUGGGAUACCCAGUCACCAGCCCAACGCGAGCCGUGUGGUGAACGGGGAGGAAGCCAAUCCAUACAGCUGGCCAUGGCAGGUUUCGUUGGAGUCCUUCUACCCCACUUGUGGAGGAACACUCAUCGCUCCUAACUGGGUUUUGACGGCAGCACACUGCAUAACCUUCCACACAUACAGGGUGGUUCUUGCUGAGCACGACAUGAACAAGGAGGAGGGACCCGAACAGUUCAUCAUGGUGGAAAAAAUGUUCAUUCAUCCCAAAUGGAAUGACAACUGUGUGUCAUGUGGGAAUGACAUCGCCCUACUUAAAUUGGAGAAAAACGCCAUUGUCAAUGAUGAGGUUCAGCUGGCUUGCCUGCCACAACAUGGUGCUUCUCUCGCCCACGCCCACGCCUGUUACGUCACAGGCUGGGGUCGUCUCUACUCCGGUGGCCCCCGGUCAACUACACUACAGCAGGCCUUGCUUCCUGUGGUGGAUCACAGUGUCUGCAGUCAAAGUGAUUGGUGGGGUAGUUCAGCAAAGACAACAAUGAUCUGCGCAGGAGGUGAAAGCAAGUCAGCAUGCCAUGGUGACUCUGGAGGCCCUCUGAACUGUAAGGGCAGAGACGGCAGAUGGUACGUCGAAGGAGUGACGAGUUUUGUGGAUGGACGUGGAUGCAAUACUCCUCAGAGGCCCACAGUCUUCACCCGUGUGGCCUCUUUCAUCCCCUGGAUCAGUGAGAUGAUGGCCCAAAACUGAUGAAGAUUUCAUAACCAGUGAAGCAACUGGAUAAUAAAGCAUAUGAUGACAUUU